CCGGCGCGCGUCGCGGGACGAAGCAGAGGCGUCGCGACGCCCGCAUCUCUGGCGUCGAGAUAGAGCGCGCGCGAGCCCAGCCGGACAUGCCCGCCUGCGGGAGUGCCUCAGCCCCGGGGCGAUGAGAGGUCGCCGCUGGGUGGACUCGCUGGCCGCAGCCAUGCGGAAACUGGCGGUGCUCCAACUGUUGGUGGCGCUGCGUGCCGCGAUGCCGACGGAUGGCGCCAAGAUUGACCACCUGCAGAUACUCGACAGUCUGCUCAAAAACGAUUACGACCGAAGAGCCACGCCCACCAACCACCUGAACAAGCCGACAUCCGUGACGUGUGAGCUGUACAUCAGGAGCUUCGGGUCAAUCAGCCCUGUGACUAUGGACUACGAGGUGGACCUGUACCUGCGCCAGAAGUGGCAGGAUGAGCGGCUGAAGCACGCCGAGAUCACCGAGGCGCUCGACCUCAACGACCCCAACCUGGUGAAGGCCAUCUGGAAGCCGGAGGUGUACUUCCCCAACGCCAAGCACGCCGAGUUCCAGUACGUGACGGUGCCCAACGUGCUGGUGCGCAUCAACCCGGACGGCGAGAUCCUCUACAUGCUCAGGCUGAAGCUGACGUUCUCCUGCAUGAUGGACCUGUCCAAGUUCCCUCUGGACAGUCAAGUGUGCACCAUGGAGGUGGCCAGCUUUUCGAAGACGAUCGAAGAGCUAAGCUUGGAUUGGAAGACGAUGAACCCUGUGAUCAUGGGGAAAGAUCUGCGCAUGCCACAGUUUGAAAUAGUCAAAAUAGCCGCAUCAGACUGCCAGGAGACAUUCCAGAUAGGGAACUACAGCUGCCUCGUGGCGGAGUUCCACCUGAGCCGCUCGGUGGGGUUCCACCUGGUGCAGAGCUACCUGCCCACCAUCCUCAUCGUGGUGAUCUCGUGGGUGUCCUUCUGGAUGGACGUGGACUCGGUGCCGGGCCGCACCACGCUCGGCGUCACCACCCUGCUCGCCGUGUCGUCGCAGUCCUCAGGUAUCCAGAGCGGCUUGCCCCAGGUCAGCUACGUGAAGGCCAUUGACGUGUGGAUGGGCACUUGCUCAGCCUUCGUGUUCUGCGCCCUGCUGGAGUUCACGUUCGUGAACUACAUGUGGAGGAAGCCGGCGCCGGCGGCGGACAUGGGCAGGAAGAGGCGCCGGAGGAAGGCCUCCAAGCCGCUAAACGGCAGGACUGCCGCAAGGAGCUCGGAUGACGAACAGGACGCCGCCAUCUCCCUCAACAUGAGGAAGUGCCCCUCGGAGGAGUCGCCCUGCGCGAGCUGCGGCCAGCGCGAGGAGGCCGACCCGGCAGCGGCGAGCAACAAGGUGAUGGCGAGACGCAUCGACGAGCUGUCGCGCCUCUUCUUCCCGCUCACGUUCAUCGUGUUCAACGUCAUCUACUGGUCUUUCUACCUGUCAUAGCCGCGGUCAUGUCUGCACCAUGCCAACCGUAGACCCGCCUGGCGUAGCUGCGGAACCGCCUGCCGUAACCGUGGACCUGCCUGUCAUAUCCCCAGACCCACAUUUCACAACCAUGGUCCUAUCACCUUUAUAACCGCAGAACUACCUGUUGUAGCCGUGGACCUUCCUGUCAACUGGAGACUAAUCUGUCAACUGUAUACCUAUCUGUCAAUCGCGGACCUACCUGUCAUCUGGGGACCUCCCUAUUGAUCGUAGACCUAACUGUUAAUCGUGGCCCUACCUCUCGUAACAGUGGACAUACGUAUCAUAACCCCAGACCUGCAUAUCAUAACCAUAGUCCUACCUGUCGUAGCAGCAGAUCUACCCUUCAUGAAUAUAAACUUAUCUAUCAUAGCCGUAGACGUUCCUGUCACAGUCAUAGGCCUACGGGCUACGGCGACGUGGACUGGUCCUCGACUUCUGCACAGUGAGGCCCGUCGUCGGAUAAGAGCGCUGAGAAAAACAAGGUAGCAUUUACCGAACUCCUGUACCAGCAACAGUAUCUGUAUAGUUGUACAGAAAAUUUCAAACCACAGUUUAUAAGAUUUUCAUGGAGGAGAAGAACUAAUAUACAGAGCUGAAAACCUGAUAACUUAGUGGUAUUUAUUGGUUUCGGGUGCAGAAAUUUAGUUCCCAAAAAUGUUUAUGAGUUUUCGAUGUUUUUUCGCUGUUAGUUACCUAUAUUAUUGAACAUUGUCUCGAAGCAUCAGGCGCUUGCAGUAUGGAAACUCGGACCUGCCAUGCACUGAAGCCAAUGUCACACGAGCCCGAAAGACAAUGUGUGUGGAGGGAGUGUUAUAAAAUAUGAGAGAUUUAAAUUUUUUUUGUCGUACUGAAUUACGAUAUACGUUUUAAAUCAGUGGAUUUUCUUCUUACGCGUGACAUUGGCCCAAUAGAGUCGAUGAACUCGGCACUGCGCCAUACGCGUGCGCAGAGGCAAGUUCAACCGCUCGCUGUCGAGGAACUGAAACAUAGUGACAGGCAGUUUAAUGAGAUGUAACUCAUAACAAAGCACACAAAAUUAUUUGAUGUUUUUCGUGUGUUGAGUGCAGUUUUCCCCAAAAUGCCCAUUUAAAUUAUACCUAGGGCAGCAUAAUACAUAAUAUAAUUUUAAAAAAUUUAAUUUGACUACAUUGAAGUUUCUUCGAUAUAUUUACCGCUUUAUAAACUAUCCAAAAAAUUUAUUUAUUUCCUCCUCCACCCACUCUAUCUUGCACGUCUCCUUCACCGUGAGCUAUAUAUCACACUUUAUAUAAGGCAGUCAAAUAAAAACCCUAUAUUUACCGGUUUUAUGACAAUCUUUAAUACAGAAUUUGUUAUGAUGAUGGUUUUUACUUUCUUUUAUCUCUGUUCCGCGUAACAUCAACAGUUAAUCAACUUAUCAGGUGCGUUUUUUUUUUAAUGAUUCCUGCAAUGGUGAAGCUUGAUUUUAAAUAUUUAUGAUGGACAUACGGCACUGCUGGCGUACGUCCUUGAAAAUAUAUAAAUAUUUUUAAUAAACUUUUACGUAAAAAUAAAAUUAAUAACAACAAUUUUAUGCAUUCUUUCAUUAAUCCAUUAGUUCAAAAUACUUUUUUUUUGUUUAUAUAGUGAAAAUUACCACGAAACUUUUCGGUUACGGUUCUGUCACAAAAAAAAAAGUAGAUGAGCAAGAGAAAGAAGUUUGUUCUUAUUUGGAUUUAGUAUGUUUCUCCAGCAGCCUAUUUUAGCUGUCGGGUUAUUAAGUCUUUGGUUUAUAAUAAAUCAAUAUUAUUUUAAUGUAGCAGAGGUUAAAUGGUUAAAUUUUCAACCAUCAUCACAAAUGGUUUUACAAAAUGCCUGUAAAUGACACAUUAAAGCUGUGCUCUCCUUCUUGUAAGAAACUACCUACUGUUUCGGUUAUGAAAAAGUUCUAUAUAAUUACCCAGUGCUUCGGUUACGGAAACGUAAGUAAUCAUGAACAGAGUUGUAAAUAGUUUUGUGCUCCACAUAAAUUGUAGAAGGUGAAAGCAUACUGAAAAAUAAAAGGUUAACUUUAUAUUCAUAUCACGAACAAUUUUUAAAUAAAUUUUUACGAGUCAUUUGAGACAAGCAUGAAGUUGAAAAUAUUAACCUAAAGUUCCACAUGAUAAUUUUUUUCCGGUAAAGUAAACAAAGCUAAGAUAAUUGUUGUAAUUGUUGCAUUUUGGUUGCUUGAAAUAAACAUAUCUCUGUUUAAAAUGUGUAUGUAAUUGUUUUCCAAGUGAAUGGUAGAAAAUACACGAUAAAAUGAAUGGUGUCAAUGAUUAGAAUUAAAAGCUCAUAUGAUAUAUUUUGUUAAGAUAUGUGUGGGUGUGUUUGUGUAAACAGGCAACUGAUUUUUAACACUGAUUAGUUACGUGUUCGUAUUCAUCGUUGCAAUCCUGUGAGGCUGACAGUGACGUCAGUAUGUAAGUGUGCUUAGUUUGAGCUGUAGGUAUUUCUAUUGUCUAUCACUUUAUAUGUAAAACCUGUACCAACGUUGUGAGGAUUAAAAUGCAUUUAUUUCUUA